AUGAAGAUAAUCCAAUUUCUUGUCGCAGCUGAGGCAGCUGUCGCCGCCUUCUGCCCUCUACCCGUGACGCCUCAUCUUCCAAUCCCUUCCCUUAGUCCGGAGGAUGCGAAAUCACUCCAGCAGACCUUAUCCGACUACUUGAACGACUACUUGACCGAUAUUGCCACUGCGCCUCAGUAUGCUAACAUCUCGGCUUCCAUCUCUAUCGCUACCGCCGCCGAUGAUAGCCCUCUCUUUACUUUCAACUUUGGGCCUGAUAAAAGUGUGGUAACCAGUGAGAGUAUCUACCGCAUCGGUAGCGUAACGAAGGUCUUGACGGCUUACGAGGUGCUACUACACGGACUCGAUCUCGACUCGCCAGUGGCGAAGUGGAUUCCCGAGUUUGAAAAGGAGCCCUACGAUAAAAUUACAUUGCGAGGACUGGCGGGACAUAUCAGCGGGCUAACCAGGGAGUACCCCGAUAACGAUUUCUCUUGGAAGCUCAGUGACGAAGAAGCUGCGUAUCAAGGACUACCAGUAUUGAGGGCGCAGGAUAAGCCGCCAUGUGCUGCCAGUCAUGAAGAUCCUUCUCAUCGCCCUCAGUGUGGAGUGUAUGGCGCAGACUAUCUUCGUUUGCUCACAACAAGACCUUUACUCUACCAGCCCAAUAGGUUUCCUUCUUAUUCGAACAUGGGCUUUGAACUCCUCGGCCAUAUCCUCGCCCUCGAAAGCGGACAAAAUUUUUCGACUCUAAUUGACAACGAUAUCAAGGGAGCUAUGAAUAUGACCGAUACGAGCAUUACUGUCCCCGCGGGCGCCAAUGUCGUUAUACCGGAUAAGACAGCCCGCCAAGCUUGGGACAAAAGUCAUGGCUGGACCCAAGCAUCCCACGGAGCCUACUCAUCUUCUGCCAACCUGUCUCGAUUUCUAUCUUUAAUUCUCCGAGGAAUAUCAUCUUCCUCCAACGCAAUGAGUGUCCCAGAACAGGUCCUGCAGGAUUGGCUCACAUGGCAAACCAGUACAGUCACGAACGGAGCGUACCUCGGGCUCGCCUGGGAAACCUACCGGCCGUUAGUCCAGAGCCUCAAUGGCGGCUUUCCAUUUUCCAUCCACACCAAGGGCGGCACGGUCAGUCCUGCGUACUAUUCGCAAAUAGCACUGGUGCCCGAAUAUGGGUUUGGUGUCGUCAUUCUGACAGCACGGGGCCCGGAUACCGCGCCGAAGCGGUUACUCGACUCUUUAAUCCGGAUGACUUCCAGUUUUGUCGAAAAGAAGAGAUCGGAGCACGCCCGUAUCAGAUGCGGAGACCAGACCUACGACGCCGUUGUUAUCUGGGCUUUGAGGCAGCUCGAAACCACCGACCAUGAGGCGUGGCGAGCGGGAUUGGACCAUGCUGUCCUGGCGUGUUCCUGGCCAGGAGCUGAUAUGCUGAGGACGGUCGAUGAAGAAACCGUGCUCUACUUCAUCAAUAGUAUUCUGAACUGCCGCGUUUCAACCUUGCAGUAUAUCCUGACAAGAGAAGGUGUGCCUGAGAUUGAUAUACCUGAAUUAUUAAUUGAAGAGCCUGUUACUCCUUCAACCCCGUUGGCGGCAGCUCCACCUAUCACUCCUACACGGCCAAGCCACGCACCACAGGACACGUCACUGAUGGGUUCGACGAUCGCGUCGCCAUGGACGCCACAGACCGUUGCAUCGCCGAGCAAUGCUUCGGAGUUCCCGACACCCCUGACCAACCCGGACGACUACUCUGACGAGGACCGCCGCGUCGGCACGCUAGCGCACUUCAGACGACUACCUAUACCAAGCAGCCCCGUACGCGACUCAGGAUACCGAGAUCUUCUUGCUAAGGUAGUUAGUGCUGCCCGGCGCACAGUAUUUCCUGAUUUCAACCCCUCGGACUUGUCUACUGCACUGCAGAACCUCUCCGUCGCCGAUUAUAGUUUGGAUGUGUCGAGCACCGUGCGCUACGGAUCUGAUUGGGAGCGCCGCAUUAAAACAGGUGCAGCGGGCGAGCUUUUCAUAAGGAAGAUGCCGAUGUAUUUCAUAGAGGUGAAGACUAGCACGGAGGAGUGCACUGCCCCUUUCUAUGUCAGCAGGGGUCAAUACACCAGGUUGCACAUCAACACCCAAGGGUCAAGUCAUUGGGAUGGCCUUCGACAUUAUCCCUACCAGGAGUCUCUUAAAUACUACAACGACCUGACCCAGGACGACAUCUCAGGACCAGAGGCGAGCAAUAAGAUAGGCAUUCAGAAUCUUGCUACAAAAACUAUCACGGGUCGCGGCGUUCUCCUCGAUUGGUUCUCCUGGGCUCAGGAGAACAACAUCCUUAUUGACCCUUUCUCGAGGCACGCAAUCCCCUUAUCCGAGCUACUAACCGUCGCAAAGUCCCAGGAUGUCCAAUUUCGUCCUGGAGAUAUCCUCCUGGUCCGUACAGGCUGGCUCAAAGCCUACCGAGCAUUGCCCAAAGAAGCUCAAGAUGCACUUGCGCACCGGCCGACGCGGUCGUCCUGCGGGAUCGACGCAAGUGAAGAAGCCGUUCGCUGGCACUGGGACAAUGCGUUCGCGGCCGUGGCGAGCGACACAGUGGCGUACGAAGUCUGGCCUAGCCCUCGGCCGGCUGGCGAUCGAAUGCACGAGAUCUUCUUAAGCGGAUGGGGUAUGCCGAUUGGAGAAAGCUUUGACCUGGAGAAGUUGGCAGAGACGUGUCGGCAGGAGGCUAGAUGGACCUUUAUGUUUGUCAGCGUGCCGUUGCAUAUCCCGGGAGGCGUCGCGAGUCCCCCAGGAGCUGUCGCCAUUUUCUAG